AUGGCCCACCUACCAGACUUUUCAUCCUUGAAAAACUUGCAAGUUCUUGAUCUUUCAUCCAAUGCAUUUUCUGGUGGUUUUCCUCCAUGGCUUGGCAACCUGACAGCACUUGUUUAUCUUGGGCUUGCUUCCAAUAAGUUUGAUGAAAGUGAGAUUCCAGAAAUUAUUGGGAAGUUGAAGUAUCUGAAAGUGCUUUUCUUGGCACAAUGUAAUCUUGUUGGACAAAUCCCUGUUUCCAUUUUUGAGCUCACUGAACUUGAAACAUUGGAUUUGUCCCAGAACCAACUCACUGGUGACUUCCCUGUAUCCAUUUCCAAUUUGCUUAAUCUUCAUAAGCUUGAGCUUUACCAGAAUAAACUCACUGGAAUUAUUCAGAAACAUCUCUCUGGUGAGCUACCUGCUGGUUUUGAGAUUUCCAGCAUCUCAUUGGCUUAUCUUUAUACGAAAAACAAGCUUUCUCCGAUUAGUCAGAAUCAAUUCGAGGGAAUGAUACCAAAUAGUCUUUGGGGGCUUCCUUUUGCUGCUAUAAUCGAUGUCGCUGAUAAUGGCUUCUCCGGUCGAAUACCCCGUCAAAUCGGGAACCUCAGUAGUUUGAUAUCUUUGCAUUUGGAACAGAAUGAGUUCUCAGGGCCAAUACCAUCAGAGCUUGGAUACUGCACUAAAUUGGCAGAGAUAAACAUAGCAAGGAAUUUACUGAAUGGUGGAAUUCCGGAAACAUUUUCAUUGUUAAAUUCCCUCAAUUCGCUUAAUGUAUCGCGAAACUUUUUAACCGGAACCAUUCCAGAGAGCUUGCAAACAUUGAAGCUUACCUCAAUUGAUUUUUCAGAUAACAAAUUAUCAGGAAUGGUCCCUCCGGGAUUACUGAUGAUUGCUGGAGAAGAGGCAUUUUCCGGGAAUGCAGAACUAUGUUUUUCAGAAACUUCAGGGAGUUGCAAUACUAGUCACAGACACAAGAGCAAGAUGUCGAAAGCUCUAAUGCUUCUAUUGAUCAUGUUAGCAGCCAUGGUGCUAUUCUCAGUGCUAGUGUUCAGGACUUUCAAAAGUUUCAUGUUUGAAACCCGAAGCAAAGAAAAGGAUCAAGAGAAAAUCACAGAGAAAGAUCAAUUAUUUAAUGGAACACAAAUCUCUACGCCAGAACUAGACAUGCUAAAGAAUAUCAAGCACAAAAACAUACUGAAACUCUAUGCUUGUUUGACGAAAGGAGGGUCGAAUUUCCUCGUAUUCGAGUACAUUCCUAGAGGGAAUUUACAUCAAGCUCUACGGCGAAAAACAAAAACUGGCCAACCAGAGCUGGACUCGAGCAUAAGAGCUUGCAUAUCUCGAGUAAAGCCGCAGCGAAAAGAGCGAUCGUAUAGUUUCGGUGUCGUCCUGCUCGAGAAAAUUCUGGACUCUAGUUUGUCAGAAAAUGCAAUUGAGGACAUGAUCAAGGUGUUGAAGGUUGCCAUGUUAUGCACAACCAAAUUGCCAAGCGGUCUCGGCCUUUUGAUGUUGGUGUGUAGUUAG